GGCGAGGUGAAGUCCUGUGCGAGUCAGUGCACAGUAGCGUAUGUGUCCGGCGUGAGUCAUGGCGCGGGCUAGUUGGUUAAUGGUGGCAGUUGUGGCACUGGGAAGUCGAUAUCCAGUGCGAGCGGUGGUUUUGCAGAGAUGAUGCCGGUCAGUACGACUGCCAACACUAGCGAGUGCAAUGUUAGUGUGAGUGGCAGUACUGGCGAGGAUGGCAUCGGAGUAAACGGCGCGAGUGGUCAGUGUGGUGUCAAUGUGAGUGGUGACAUUGGCGAGUGUGGUGUCAAUGCGAGUGGUGGUAUUGGCAGCAGAGUGGUCAGUGCGAGUCGUGGCAUUGGCGAGUGUGUGUGCGUGGAGAAUACAACAUCAACAAACAUGACGAUAUGUUGCGGACGUGUCAGGAGUUGUUAACCGGAUACGUAGACCGGAUGGGAGACUCAUUACCAUUUCCGGCGGAGUUUACAUGGAUGGCGGAUGAGUUGGCCCGGAUUCGCGUGCAGUUAAGAGCAUUAGUCCCACAUGGAGCGCGGUUUACCUUGGAGUCACCAACCGACAUCUGCUACGGACGCUACGUAGUGUACGAUUUCGAUAAGUUCAUCUAUGGACAGUUUCUUUACUACCGUAGAGACGACGGCGCGAUGCGUUAUGAGAGCGAAUACGGCUGUGUGUACAAAGAGUGUGGCGCCCAGAAGGAGCUAGUGUUAGUGGGAGAACAUCCACGAUUUUUUAAUCCGUUUAAAUGGUUUGUGGAAGAGGAAGUUCGCGAUACGUACGGACCGCGCUUGUAUCACAGUACACUCCCGGAGAUACGCCUUCAAUACAUCAUGCGGGAGGUGACGGAGCGGAGAGCGCAAGUUGCAGCGGAUGCGGCGCCAUACUAUAGUGGCAUAAUGGAAACGCUGCACUUUGCGGAUCUGCUAGUGCGAUGGGGGAGCGCGCCGGAAGUUGUGAGCGAACUAGACGAUGAUGCCGGUUAUCACCAAACGCCGGCUAAGUCAAGUGCGAAUGCGGUAACAAUGCAGCCUGCACCGGUAGAGGAGAUGGACACAGAUUCGGUGGAUACCGUAGCGGAAAGGGGCAAGUGCCAUCCGAGUUGAGGGAUGGUGGUCACCUUCUGGGACGGUCGGACUCGAGUGUCUGGACGGAUUGCGGAGGGCGAUUGAGUGUUAAAGCGACCCAUGACGAGGACGUCAUGAUCCAUAGGAGAGGCGUGUUGCGCGAGUGUAUACCGCAAGCGUGUUCUGUGGGUCAGGAGCAGCAUGCAUUAUGAAUCACGUGCAUAUUCAUAGCCAUAACGGGCGUGCUUACAUUGUAUACAUUUAUGGAUGCGGUUGGAUGCACAAUAUCUUGUUGUGGUAAGCAAGCCAGAGGUUGUGGCUUGAACGAUAACGGCAAAUGAUUGAGCGUGAAGAAAGGAAUGAAUCAUUGUGUAAACCAAUAGUGUGUCUUUGUUGUCUGCAAUGUUUUAUCUCUCGUAACAUGUUUUGAGUGCCUGGCUAAAAAAGUAGUGUGUGAUGAAGUUGUCAAAUGAUUUAGUACAUCUCCAUCCAGCCUCGGAACAACUUCUCUUGGAAUAUCUGCCUUUAUCUUUGCAUGCCAUUUUGUUAGCAUUCGAGUUGUUGUCUGCUAAUCUGCAUUAAAGGUCAUCGGGUCGAGUCAGCCGCUGUUGUUUAACGUUGUAGUUAGUGGUAGAUAA